AAGAAGUAGUCUCUCGAAAUGAACUAACUGUUUUUCAACAAUGACAUCAAAGACACUAUUCUUUUCUUAGAUUGAGCUCCGAAUAAUCUAUUCGACUCCAACGGUCAAUAUGAAGAAGUCUCCUUCCUGCUUCCGAGAGGACAGCAUUUUUCCUUAAAAAAUAAGUCAUAAUAAUAAUAUCUCAAGCCAUCUCACCUGCAUGCUACAUUGUUUUGAAUAAUCUGACUCCCCGUUCUCGAAGCAACACGUCGUCCGAUCAUUGGGCCACGUUUCAAGGAGUCGGCUGGUAGGACCCACUUGCAUCCCCUCACUCCAGCAAGUCCGUACAUCAACAACCCUAUCCAAAUAAAUAACAGGGAUCAAGAAAGAGGCACUUGCCCAACGCCAUCUAUCCACGUGUUCUCGCGUUCUUAAUGUCAAAUCUAGCCGUCAACUCAAGUGCCUUAGACCCUUUCUUUUUCACCACGUGUCCAGGAUGAUGUUCUUGGUUACUCCACCCUCCUAUAUAUAUGGACACACCGAAUCCUCCCACUUUCAACCCAAAGAAAAUCACACUACACCCGAAGCGAAACAGUACAGAACAAAACCAGAGUAAAGACAGAGGGUCCUCUGUUUUUCACUUGAAAUGAUUCUAAAGUUUGACCAAACUGAUCGCCGGAUUCUCACAUUCCCGGCGGUUCAUCCCUGUGAAGGAAUCUCCCCGGAAACCCUUCUCAGUUCUUUGAUCGAUCUCUCUCAAAACAUAUGCAAUUACCAAUCAAAGUUGUUUGCUUCACAAAGGAAAAAUGCCCGUGAAACCAUUCGACAAAUCGGUCUUCUUCUUCUAUUUUUCGAGGAAAUAAGGGACCGUGGAUUGGUUCUUUCUGAUUCGGCCCUUCUUUGCUUCUCUGAGCUCCACCAUGCCUGUCAGAAAGUCCAGUUUUUGUUGGAAGAUUGUACGCGUGAAGGUGCAAGGUUAUGGAUUCUAAUGAAGUGUCAACUAGUUGCUACGCAUUUUCGAGCACCAAUUCGAGCAAUUGCGACAGCUCUUGAUGUUUUGCCAUUGAAUUUGAUUGAUGUCGGUGAUGAAGUGAAGGAGUUGGUUGGAUUAAUAGCAAAGCAAGCACGUAAGGGUAAAUUUGAGCCAGACCCUGUAGAUGAAUGGGCCUCGAAACAAGUGUUUUCGGUAUUGGAUCAUUUUCAAGUGGGAGUUGAGCCUGAUUCCAGCUUAAUGAAACGGGUUCUUGACAAUCUUGAGAUUAGGAACUGGAAUGAUUGUAACAAGGAAAUCAAGUUUUUGGAAGAACAAAUUGGUUUUCAGUGCUCCGAUUGUGAUGAAAGAGAGGUUCCAUUUCUAAGCAGCUUGUUGGGGUUAAUGAGCUACUGCAGGGGAGUGAUUUUUGAGACAUGGAAUACUCGCAACAAUGAUCAAAGCGAUGCCAGACACAGCAUCGAGGCCCUUAGUUGCAUAAAUCGUGAAGAUUUUCGAUGCCCGAUUUCACUUGAGCUGAUGACUGAUCCAGUAACUGUAUCGACUGGGCAGACUUAUGAUCGGUCUUCGAUUGAAAGAUGGCUCAAAGCUGGAAAUAUGACCUGUCCCAAAACAGGUGAGAGGCUUACAAGCACAGAGUUAGUUCCCAACACCACUCUUCGAAAGCUGAUCCAGCAGUUCUGCGCCGAGGUAGGCAUGUGUGCGUCCAAAUCAGGAAGCCGAAGUCGAGACGUAGCCAGGACUAUCUCUCCAGGUAGUCCUGCUGCAGCAGAGGCAAUGAACUUUCUUUCAGGGUUUCUUGCAAGAAGGCUGGUUUCCGGUUCAAGUGAGCAGAAAACAAAGGCUGCUUAUGAAAUUCGGUUACUUGCAAAAUCAAAUAUUUUUAAUAGAUCUUGUUUGAUUAAAGCAGGCACAAUCUUACCUCUCAUAAACCUUUUAUCCUCGUCUUUAGACCAUUACACACAGGAGACUGCUCUUUCAGCUCUGCUGAAGCUCUCGAAGCAUACAUGUGGUAAGAAAGAGAUAAUUGAGAGUGGUGGAUUGAAGCCAAUUCUUGCAGUUCUUAAAAGAGGGCUGAGUUUGGAAGCAAAGCAAAUGGCAGCCGCCACAAUUUUUUACCUUGCUUCAGUGAAGUCAUAUGGGAAAUUGAUAGGAGAAACCCCUGAAGUAGUUCCAGCUCUCAUGGAACUGAUCAGGGAUGGGACCACUUGUGGCAAAAAGAAUGGAGUCGUGGCAAUUUUCGGGCUGCUUCAACACCCAGCGAAUCAUCAAAGGGUGCUUGCAUCUGGUUCUGUUCCAUUGCUGAUGGAUCUGUUGUCAUCCUCAAACAACAUUGAACUUAUAGCAGAUUCACUAGCAGUUUUAGCAAUCAUAGCUGAAAGUGUUGAUGGGACAUUAGCAAUCCUGCAAACUUCGGCUUUAUCUACAAUCCCAAGGAUCUUGCGUUCUCUGCCAUCUAGAACUGCGAGGGAGUAUUGCGUUACUGUUCUGCUAAGUUUGUGCAAAAACGGCGGUGCAGAAGCGAUUGCGAUUUUGGCAAAGGACCAUAAUCUCAUGAGUUCCCUAUAUUCACUUCUAACAGAUGGGACUUCUCAUGGUAGCGGUAAGGCUCGUGCUUUGAUAAGAAUUCUCCAUAAAUUUCAUGAAACAAGCUCCGCGGGAAUGACUGCUUCAGCAGUUCCAUGUGAACGACCGGUUCAUGUUCGGUAAUUUAUAUUCAUCCUACAUUCUAUUCCUUUUUGUCCUUGUAAAUACAUUAUACAUACAUUACAGAUUGAUGAUGAUUUUUUUCCCUUGGGAGUCUAAUGCAAUUAGCACAGUUUUUGUAAGAGCUAAUUGCUGUAUCCGCUGUAUCUUGUUCACUAAUUAUUUACCAGAUACCAGUGUACUUCGGUUCUUUUUUGCAAUACUAAAUAAGAUGGUGUAAGAGUUACCUGAA